AUGCCGUCACGCGGGGAACUACCCGCGUUCACCUUCACGGCGCGAGAAGACAACCGCUCAACCGCCGGAGCACCACCGUCCGCAGCAGCAGUCCCCGCUACAUCCCCCGCCGGCACUCCACUCCCCACAGCAACAACCACGACGGUCGCGCCGAAGACCGGAAAGCCGUCCCCAGUCAAGCCGCCAGCGGCGUCUCCUACGAUACGGCCUUCCCCUGGGGUUUUCAGGAGCGGGGUGUCUGGGGCAGCUGCAGGACCUUCAAGCAGAGCGCCAGGACGCGGCGGGAUUGCAAGGACGGGAGGGGGGAGGGCGGGCGGGAGGGAUCACACCGGCCGGGGACGAUUAGCCGCUGGAGGGGACGCGCCGCGAGUUGCUUUUGGGCGGGGAGUACCGAACGCUGCGGUUCCGACUGCUAAGGCGACAGGUAGCGGCAAGACUGCCGGCACUGGCAAAACUGCAUCUGCAGCCGGGAAAACUGCAGCUGCGGCUGCUGAUGCAACGACUACUGGCGGAACCUCCGCCGGUGUAUCCACGCCGGGAAAAGCGGUGAAUUCAGCUCAGGGGUCUGCCGGACAUGCGUUGAACGAACCCCAGUCAGAGCCAACAACCGCGCGAAGCAUUGGCGUAAACGUGGCGCAGCCUCCGCACCUGGCACAGCCGAGCGCAGUGACGGCCGCCGCGACUAACGCAGCGCCCGCGCAAGGGAGCGCGGGAACCUUAAGGACGGGAAGGGGGGACGCGGCAACCGCAGCGGCCGCGGGCGGAACAUCGGCGGGAACAGCGGCGGGGUUUCGGGAGCCGGGACCCGGAGCUCCCGUUGGCAUCGCGGCGGCGGAGCCGGGGAGCUCGUCGGGGGCGUUCACGGUGUUUCCGCGCACGGGGCGGGGGGAUGUGCGGCGCGCGUACGCGCUGGGGAAGGAGCUGGGGAAUGGCGGAGGGGGCGUCGUGCGCGAGUGCUUGGAUCCGCUCACGGGACGGCCGGUGGCGGCGUGCAAGAGCAUUCCCAAGUCGAAGCUGCAGCGGCGCGACCUGGCGGACGAGGUGCGCAUGGAGGUGACGGCGAUGAAGCGGCUGCACGGGCACGCGCACGUGGUGCAGCUGCUGGGCGUGUACGAGGACGCGCGCGCCGUGCACCUCGUCAUGGAGCUCUGCACCGGCGGCGACCUCUACGACUUCCUCACCGCCGCCGUCACGCUCCCCGAGCCGCUCGCCGCACGCAUCGCCAGCCAAAUCCUCCGCGCGUUGAGUCACUGUCACCGCAACGGCAUACUCCAUCGCGACGUGAAGCCCGAAAACAUCCUCCUUGUGCGCGCAGCGCCUCUCCCCAACCGCGCUUCCGCCUCCGCCACCGCCGACGGUGCGGAUGGGAAACCCGCCGGGCAAAACUUUGCGGAAGCGGUUAAGGCGUCGACGGCGGCGGGCGCGGCCGGCGCGGCGGGUGGAGACGGCGGAGACGGCCCGCCGAGUACCCCGAGCAGCACGGCGACGAGCAGUCUGUUCAGCACGCGGAGCAGUUUCCUCGACUCCGCCACCGGCGCAACCACCACCGCCAGCGCCAGCACCGCCACCAGCAGCCACGGCGCGACGCGAGGCAACCACGCGGACGACACCGACGCCAGUGGGGCCUGGGGCGCCCGCAGCGGCGGCGGCGGCGGCGGCGGCGGGGGAUUCGGCGCGGAGUUCGGCGCGGAGAACGGGUGGGCGGAGAUCCACGUGAAGCUGGCGGAUUUCGGGCUGGCGGUUCCGCUGAAAUCGGGGCAGCAGGCCGUGGGAAUGCACGGCAGCUCUGUGUAUAUGGCGCCUGAGGUGGUAUGUCGGAAGCCGUACGGCGUGCAGGUGGAUAUGUGGGGUCUGGGCGUUAUACUCUAUACUGCGCUCUCCGGUUUUAUGCCGUUUUGGGGCACGACGGACGAGGAGCUCUUUGUGCGAAUUCUCCGCGGCCGCCCGGAUUACCGCAGCGAUCCGUGGCCGUCGAUCUCGGACGAAGCGAAGGAUCUGAUCCGUUGGUUGCUGACGAUAGAUCCGCCGCGCCGCGCGACCGCGGAAGCCGCGCUGGCGCACCCGUGGAUCCUCCGCCACUGCCCUCCGCAGCUGCCUUCUCUCUCCCUUCCGCCGACGCUGCGCGAAGCGGGCGCCCCGCAGCACAGGCGCAGGCCCGCGUCCUCCGCAUUUCCCCCCGGCAGCCUGCACUUUCCGCCAUCCACCGCGCGGAGGCUCGACGGCGCAGUGGGGUCCCCUCUCUACCCUCGCUUACCAGGCCAAGACCCAGCCUUCGCUGCCUUCGCCCCCACUCCCCCUUUCAACCACUCCUCCGCUUUCCACCACUCCAACCCCACCCCACCCCUGCUUCCAGCACCGGAUUUCACCUGCCCCAACCCCUCCUCUUCCUCUGCAUUCCUGGCUCCCUCUCCUGCCGCCUCUCCCGCUCCUUCCUUCGCCUCGUCUGCUUCCUCUUGCCCCACGCCUUUCCUCGCCCCUCUCCCUCCUCUCUCCGUGCUCCCUACCUCUGCAUUCAGCCUGUCCCACACGCCCACCGCCCCUGCCGCCGCUGCUUCCGCUGCCCCCACCGCCCGUGCCCCUUCUCCUUACGACAGCACAGCACCUCCUACCGAUUCUCCAUUUGCAGCCGCCGUCGCUACAGCUGCACCUGCUGCCCUUGCUACGGCCGCCGCCGUUCCCUCUCCCGGGUCGCCCUCUCCUCUCCCCGGUCUGUCCAGCCCAGCCGGUUCAAGCUCUCCCACUGCCCUCCCGCCUGGAACCUUUGUCAUCUUCGCGCCAGGGGCUUUCCGGCUGGGAACAGCAGACCUGGGAGACGGAGGGUACAAUAACAAUCCAGGAGGAGCAGCCGCACAGGAUGCGAUGAUGGUGGAAGGCAGCCGGGGAUUGGGAUCUGCUGGGAAGAGCUUGCUGGGCAGCCGAGAGGGUCACAGCCCCGGUCGCCGGAGGUGCCUGUUUGGCCAGGCCCAUUCCACCAGCAACGCCGCCUCUGCUGCUGCUGCGCCUCUUGCUCCCUCUGCUGCUGCUGCGUCAGCUGCGGCACUGGCGGCGUCUGCAGCAGCAGUAUCAGCGUCUGCUGUGUGCGUCUCUGUGCCUCCGUCCCUCGCCCCUGCACCCAAGGCUAUCAGAGGGGGAGGAGGAGGCACCAGCCUGGGCCCCAUCACAUCACAGCGCUCCCGCCCCUCGGCUCUCAGCAGCCCGUUCUACCUGUUUUCGCCCAAGAGGAAGCUGCGCAAGGCUCAGGUCCCUAGCACCACUGCAUCUGCUGCCACCACUGCUCCGCGUUUCAACUUCUCCCUGCCAUUCCAUGGAAGCACUAUUGUAGGUGCCGGCAGCUUCGGCACCAAAACCAGCAACUCUGCUGCUGCUGCAGCAGCAGCAGCUCCAGCUGCCGCUGAUGGCUCUGCGUCUCUCUUUUCCCAUGGGACCAACCCGUAUUUCGGUCCUGGAGCCUUUGGGUCCAUCACUGCAGGCCAGCCAUUGUUCACCUCCACUCCUCCCAACAGCUCUGUUGCUGCUGCUAAUCCCACCCUUGCGAAUCCAACCACCGCCAACACCACUCCCACUAGCGCUGUUCCAUCGUCCCCGCUCUCCAGUGCCACCCCCACCAGUAUUGGCACGCCAACGCAAGCCGCAAACAGCAGCAGCCCCUUCUCCUCCUCUGCCUCCCCCUUCGCUGCUGCCUCUGCCAUCGCCCGCGCUUCUGUGAAGAGCCUCUUUAGGAGCAUCAGCAGGGGCGGCGGCAGCAACGCCAGCGGAAGCAACCAUGGCAACAGCUCUGCUGGUGGUGGUCACCAGAGUAGCGGGGUUAACGGUGAUAUCACUAGUGGGGUUUGCCCUGGUGGGACAGAAGGAGAGUUGGUGCAGGACCGUGCACUGGCUGCUGCUGUGGCUCUGGGGCUCUAUGAGAGUAAUGCAAUGCAGGCAGGGCCAGCUGGGGGACGAGGAGGUAGAGGGAUCGGGAGUGGUGGACAGCCGUAUGGUGGCGAGGGGGGGAUCGGGGGAGCAUGUGGGGGAGCAGGUGUGAGAAGGGGGCUGUUUUCUGGCUCGCCAUCCAAGCGAGCCCCGCUAACCCGAAGGACAAACUCUGCCAAGACUGGGUCCACUCCUCGUGGGCUCUUUUGA